GCAAUAAUGUGCGUACACCUGUAGGGAAGAUAGAAACAUGGAGCCUGUCUGUUUCGCGGACACGUGCAACUACCUUGGGAUUGGAACCGCGCUAGGUCGAAGUACAUAUUUUUCAAGGUCACUCAGGUGGGAUCGCUCUGACACCUCCAGUGUGCAUACAAUUUCCCAAGAACUUGGGCUGUCCACAUGAUGGGCUUGGUUCUAACUAAUCGGAAAGAUAUUUCGAGAUUACCACUGUUUGCUCAUGUCCAUUAAUUUCAACAAGCUCUUCAUACAAGAUAUACUCACCCAUCGAGGAUCUUCGCACCAUUUGGAUAUAAACGAAAGUAAUACUCAUACUGAAGGGGAAGAGGCUGAGUUUGGAAGUGAUGAAGCCGAGCUAUCCGGCUCUGACAGCUACGAUGGGUUGGAAGAAUUCGAUCAAACCAUAAGGCGUAUGGGCAAGGAACAUCUACCAGCUUCUACACAGAAGAGGCGAUUAGUGGAAGUGUUUCAGGACCUGCGUUCAGCCAUCGAGCAACAGGCUCGCCUUCAUUUCGAGCUCAAUAAACAAAUUGGCCUGCAAGAUAGUGCCUGGACAAGCGACACAAUUCACGAGGGAUCCAGAGAAGAGCUCGGAAACAAGGAUAACUCAGCAUUUCCUAACACAAGAGGUCAAUUAAUAAAAAGCCGUGGAAGACGACGACCACACAGUGCUUUCGUUCAUGAAGACAGCAGAGAAUCACAGACUGAUGAACAAAGUCUACGAAAAUUCCACGGACACCGUCGGCGGAUAAAUUCACAAUUAUACUCCGUGGACAAUGCUCCCACCGCGGCCGUUGAUGGUGAAUUGCUCUCGUUUAAGCGCUGCGAACGGUUGUCAAAAAAGAAAGAGCAGGUCGUGGUUGAAAUUCGCGUUGUUUUUCUGAAAGUUGGUGAAAUCGAUACGUUGAAGGAAAUUUAUCAUGCAGAUGCAUUUAUUCAAGCCAAAUGGAAGGAACCACGAUUGGAGGGGAAAACGGAUGAGGAACUUCGUCGCAUAGACCUGCAAAGAUGCUGGAAUCCGCUUAUAAUUAUUGACAACAUUCUGAGUGAAUCAAAAGAUCAGCAUUGGAUGACCACACAGAAAACAGAGAAGAGAGAAAUUUACAUAGUGGAGCGGCGCCGCCUACGAGGGAUAUUUUUGGAAACCUUAGAACUUAACGAUUUUCCUUUGGAUGUGCAAGACUUGACGAUCACUCUCACCUCCGAACGGCCUGACUCCGAAGUGGUUUUGGUACCGGACCGUACUGAGCUCUGUGGAAUAAACUUGCAAACACUAGUUGAUCAACAGGAAUGGAAGUUGCACGAACACAUCGAGGUGACCAGACGCUCUGCGACUCAAGAGUACACUAAUUCAAGCCAGUGUCACCCAUGCAUUUCUGUCACCUGCCGUGCAGCUAGAAGACCCGGAUAUUUUUAUUGGAACGUGUUUCUGAUAAUGUUUUUCAUCACUGGUCUCUCAUUUGCCACAUUCGCUGUGCCUCCGGAACGACCGGAAAAUCGAUUGCAACUGUCCUUCACGCUCUUUCUCACCUCAGUGGCAUUCAAGUUUGUGAUUAAUCAGUCUUUACCAAAGAUAUCUUAUCUGACUUACAUGGACAAGUACGUACUCAUGUCGUUGGCAAUACUCUGCGUGGUCAGCGUGUGGCACGCUGUGGUAACUCUCAUCCCGACGGAUGCCGAACUAGAACAGGCGACCGCAACAAAUAUGUUGAGAGCACCAACGCAGAAUAACACGGGCUACAGUGGCAAAGGAUCAAUAUUAGCCGAAGACCUCACAGUAUUAACGCAAAAUCGAAUAAGGGAGCGGUCUGAUGUGAACAUUACAGAUACACUUUUACAACACACCGGUGGAAACGAUAAAUUGAAUGUGACGUCAAGAAAGCAAACAGAUUCAUUCACUAAACUGGCGGACCCACACUCCAUAUUUUCUACGAAGCCAUCAAUAUUUUGGAAAACCCAGCAUUGGCAAGAGUUUGCCAAACGCACAACCGUUGAAGAACACCAGAAGCGUCGUCUUAGAUUACGCAUCGAACAGGAUGUUUUUACAUCGUUCUGCGUGCUCUACGCCUUGGCGCACCUGACGUUCAUAUUUUGGCUAUAUUUUGAUGCCAGCAAACGUCGCCGUGAGAUGGUCGAACGGGAUCGGCACUACAAGCGCUGCCUACAACGAUCGACAGAUUUGUGAGAAGCAACAAGGAACUAGCAGAUCCCAAUAACAAGAUCGAGUGAGCCAACACUGACGAUACGGAUGGAUGCAGAACAACUGGUUGUUGCUCAGUUAAAAGCAGAUCGGAACCUUGUACCCCCUAUGGUUUUUCCAGCCUUUGUAAAUAAAUGCGAAACCCAGC